AUGUCCCCUUCAACGAUCCCAUCAACGCACCUCGUCUUUCUUGUCCUCGUCCUCUUCGUCGGAGCUGCGGGAGCGCUUCAGUGCCACGUCGUCGCCACAGGAAACCUCAGUGUCACCGACAGUUCCGGACUCACGGUAACAGACAACUUUACUUUCUAAAGAAAUGAUAAAUCUUUUUUUUGUAUUUCGUCGAGGCUUCAAAUACCUUGUAAAUGGCUUCAGGACUGUCCUCUGGGCUCGCUGACCUGCGUGAAAAUCGUCGACUUCACUCGCAACACCUACACCAAGCAGUGCCAGUCCCUCAACUGCACUGUUAGUUUUCUCCUUCUUCUCCUUUCAGCUCCUGGAGAAAGCCAACGUGACUACGGUGGAGGAGGCUCUCACCUGGAUUACGGUGGCAACACUCGUGAAAGGAGAAAAAAAAUUAGCGACUCGUGGCCUGUUGUCAUUGGCAACACCGAGUCUGGCUUCCCACGUGCAUUUUUUGCUCUUUCAAAACGGCGGUAGAAUGUUUCGCAAGUCAGUAAAAACACAGAAAGUUAGUGUAUCCGAAAAAUAAAAAAACGGUCUAGGCUCAUUGUAGGAGUUCGAAAAUCACUUAUUCUUUUUUCGCUAAUUCGGAAUGUGCAUCUCAAAAUUGUUCUUAAAGUCUUUAAGAAAUUUUAUGACCUGACACAAAAAAUUAUAAGUCUUAUUUAUCCUUCCGACAUUACCUGAAAACUGUCUUGAAUUGUUUUUAACCAGCCUAGUUGAGCAUUUCGAAGAAUCACUUCAGUAGCGAAAGCACUCUUAAUUGGUCCCUAGAAUUGCUCAGAAACGGAGCACGUCCGUUUCGCGUUACCAAUGUCCGAGGCUGGAGUUGAAACUUUUUUUGAAGAAUGAGGUCGAAAAAAAUCCUCCAAAUAUCGUUGAUAAACUGAGAUAGAAGACUUAUAAGAAUUGCUAGUCAUCAGAAACAAAAUGGCAAAAAGAUUGCGCCAGAAGGAUUUGAACUUUCUUCACAGAUUUUCUAGUCUCGGUUUGACAUGAAGUGAGAAAUGGCUAGUAAACAAAAUAGCCCAACUUUAUCGAGUUCCGAAAAAAAGAAAAUAAAUAUUUAUUAGAUUUAGAAACUUGAGCAGAUGACGAUAAUCCCAUACCAAUAAAUUUUGAACAUAUGUUCGGAGUUAAAAACGGCCUCCUCUGUGGGGUCACUUCCAAACGCUUAAAGCUUUCAAAUCUUUUUCGUCUUCUUCAAAGUUCGAAUUCUUAGAUGAACGGUCAAACGAACGCGGUGGCCAACUGCCAGAACACGUCGAUGAUCGGCGUGAGCUCCGUCUCGUGCUGUUGCUACGGAGAUGGGCAAGUUGAUCACUGACGAUUCGCUAAUCAAAGAGCCUAUGAUCGUUCUCAACACUUGUUUUCAGAUGCAACAUGGCGCCUGACAACUCGCUGCACAUUAUCGCCGGCUCCAUAGUCCUCGCCGCAAUCAGCAAGCUCAGCAUCUUCCAUUAA